GACCUGUUGAAGACGUUCGCCGGCUGGCUGGGUCCCCACGGCCUGUCCUCAGCCUCCUGAGUCUGUCCCCCCUUUCCCCGUCGCCCACUCUCAACGUCUCCUCGCGGUCAUUUUCCUAAUUGGACAGAGCUGAGGGGUGUGAUCGUCGGCGUCAGAUGAGGGGCCCAGAGGCUGCCAGGUGGGCGCGGGGACCCAGGGACCGUCGGGGCGGCCCUGCCUCCCAACCCCGCGCGUGCGGAUCCCACAGAUCUGCCCUCUGCCACCGCCCCCCUAACCGCGGACUUGCUAAGUAGUGCCUAUUGGGUUUUAUUCCAACUUGCCUCUUAAGAUGACUUUUAUGAUCGCUGCCACUGCUUGCCUCCAGUCUAAGCUCAAGUUUGGGAAGAUUUAAGAGGCCAGGGAGGUGCUUGCGUGGAUUUUAACUAACCCCAAACGGUCAUUAAUGUCUCUCUAAGAUCCGCGAUGGUUCCGGCAAAGCGCAGCCGUAGCCUGGGUGCGUUGUCUCCCGGACACUGCGAGGGGCUGGUUCCUCCCCGUCGGAGCGGUCUAGCGACUGACCAUUCUCCUGGCCCUCCCUGGAGUUGCGGCCCUAGCGCCUGAACUGCUCAGGGCGCCCGGGGCGCCUUUAUUUCUUUGCAAAAUGGAAACUCCCAAGCGGCAACGACCUGGAGGGGACAUAACCAGUUCCAGUGGGCUCCUGGGAAAUUUACAAAAUUUCCCCACAGGUGUUUGGUGGACUUUGCACCCUCGGGAGUCACCCAGCCAACUUUGAAGCUGCUCUUUCAGCCCUGCCUUUGUGCACGUUUUUGAAGGGCUCCAUUCACAGCUAACACGAAGCCAGAUUACUUCCUUCCUGACUAUAUACCACCGGACGCCCCACUUUGGCCUCUUGUUCCCUUAUUGCCGAUGCCUUCUCUACAUAUUUGGACAAAGUGCUGGUCAUUAAAAACCCGAUGCCCUCCUAGCCAGCUGCCGAGGGAUGGAGGGCUUCAUGGACUCAGGGACACAGACGGACGCCGUGGUGGUGCUGUCCUUGGCUCAGGCCGCCGUCCUGGGCCUGGUCUCAGAAAAUGAGCUCUUUGGAGCCACCAUAAGCGCCGAAGCCUUCUACCCGGACCUGGGGCCCGAGCUGUCGGGGGCUUCCAUCGGGGAACCCGGGCCCCCCGGCCCUGAUGUCUACCAGCUGGCUUGCAACGGGCGGGCCCUGGAGGAGCCGGUGGAGGAGGAGGUGCUGGAAGUGGAGGCGGCCUUCGAGAAGCACACCCGGCGGAAGACGCGGCCGCCUGUGCGGCUGGUGCCCAAGGUCAAGUUUGAGAAGGUGGAGGAGGAGGAGGAGCAGGAUGUCUACGAGGUGUCAGUGCCUGGCGACAAGGAUACAGGCCCGGCCGAGGCCCCGGCGGAGGUGGCCGGUGGUGGCUGCGAGGCCCUGGUGCAGAGCAGCUCCGUCAAGAUGAUCGACCUCAGCGCCUUCAGCCGCAAGCCCCGGACGCUGCGGCCCCUGCCCCGAGCCCCGCGGCCAGAGCUGGACGUGACUCCCUACGACCCGCACUUCCCCGACCCGGCCCGGGGUGGCUUUCCCGAGCCCAGCAUGGCGCUGCCGGGGCCCGAGGCCUUGCCCGCUGAGUGUGGUUUCGAGCCACCACACCUGGCCCCGCUGAGCGACCCCGAGGCCCCCACCAUGGAGUCCCCGGAGCCCGUGAAGCCGGAGCAGGGCUUCGUGUGGCAGGAGGCAGGCGAGUUCGAGGCCGACGCGGCAGGCUCGACAGUGGAGCGCCACAAGAAGGCCCAGCUGGACCGGCUGGACAUCAACGUGCAGAUCGACGACUCCUACCUGGUGGAGGCGGGCGACCGCCAGAAACGCUGGCAGUGCCGCAUGUGCGAGAAGUCCUACACGUCCAAGUACAACCUGGUGACGCACAUCUUAGGCCACAACGGCAUCAAGCCACACUCGUGCCCGCAGUGCAGCAAGCUCUUCAAGCAGCCCAGCCACCUGCAGACGCACCUGCUGACGCACCAAGGCACCCGGCCCCACAAGUGCCAGGUGUGCCAGAAGGCCUUCACGCAGACCAGCCACCUCAAGCGCCACAUGCUGCUGCACUCGGAGGUCAAGCCUUACAGCUGCCACUUCUGCGGCCGUGGCUUUGCCUACCCCAGCGAGCUCAAGGCCCACGAAGUGAAGCACGAGAGCGGCCGCUGCCACGUCUGUGUCGAAUGUGGCCUGGACUUCUCCACCCUGACCCAGCUCAAGCGCCACCUGGCCUCCCACCAGGGUCCCACCCUCUACCAGUGCCUCGAGUGCGACAAGUCCUUCCACUACCGCAGCCAGCUGCAGAACCACAUGCUCAAGCACCAGAACGUGCGGCCGUUCGUGUGCACCGAGUGCGGCAUGGAGUUCAGCCAGAUCCACCACCUCAAGCAGCACUCGCUCACCCACAAGGGCGUGAAGGAGUUCAAGUGUGAGGUAUGUGGCCGGGAGUUCACGCUGCAGGCAAACAUGAAGCGGCACAUGCUGAUCCACACCAGCGUCCGACCCUACCAGUGCCACAUUUGCUUCAAGACCUUCGUGCAGAAGCAGACCCUCAAGACCCACAUGAUUGUACACUCACCUGUGAAGCCAUUCAAAUGCAAGGUGUGCGGGAAGUCCUUCAACCGCAUGUACAACCUGCUGGGCCACAUGCACCUGCAUGCAGGCAGCAAGCCCUUCAAGUGCCCCUACUGCUCCAGCAAGUUUAACCUCAAGGGAAACCUGAGCCGGCACAUGAAGGUCAAGCACGGUGUCAUGGACAUCGGCCUGGACAGCCAAGACCCCAUGAUGGAGCUGACUGGCACCGACCCCUCUGAGCUCGACAGCCAGCAGGAGAUGGAGGACUUCGAGGAGAAUGCCUAUGCCUACGCUGGAGUGGACAGCAGCACCGAGGCCAGUGUCCUCACCGAACAGGCCAUGAAAGAGAUGGCCUACUACAACGUGCUAUAGCACAAGCUGGGCCGCCCAGAAUGGGGUGAGGGGGGCCUGGGGCGUGGGGGUGAGACCCAUGGGCUGUGGGCUGCACCUCCUGCAGCUGAGAAAAAAGCUACUGCCCCAUCGUCCCGAGCCCUCCCCUCCCACUGAGUCAUUUGCACCACUAGGGACUUUUAGACCAAAUGGACUGUACUACUGGCCUCAGCUGUGAACCAGGCAUAGGCUCCAGACGUUCGGGGAAGGAAGGGUAACUCAGAGGCCCAGGUCUGCGUCUCCUCAGCCCGCUGCUGUGGUAGGUGGGGGACAUGCUGAUGGGGGCCAUUUGGCGACAGGUCACAAGGGCACAGGUUCUCAGGUGUCUCCAGGCCCAGCAGAGCUGGGGCAGCCAGUGUGGGCAGGGCCAUCCUGAUGGCCCUUCAGGGGCCCUGACACUGGAGGAAGAGAUCACUUGAGCUAGGCCUUGUUUUUCUUCUGGACCAACUCCUGCCUCUAGGAAUGUUCGAGCUACGGUGCUGGUCAGCACUGCCCACCCCCACCCACCAGCCCAGGCCCCAGGGUCACCUUCCCCACCCUGUCGUGGACAGCCAGGCAGGGCCUCUGCCUUCUACCUCCUGGUGCCUCCCACGCUCUGCUGGAGCCAGGCAUGCAUGCGGUCCAGGUCCUGGCCUGCAGGAAAGCAGGGUGUAGCACAGCCCCCAACUAAUGCCCUCCCCAGCCAACCCCCAGACGGCCCCACCUCAAAGCCCUAAGGUGGAUUUCAACAAACGUCACGCAGUUCUGUCUUGAGCUGGGACACCCCCCCAGGGUCCCCAAUGUGAGCAGAGCCAGGACAUGCCUUGCAUCGGGCAUACACUAACAAAGACAGGUGGAGGCCCCUUGAGCAAGGGGCAGAGUACAGUGAAGAUGAUCACUGGGGACCAAGAGGGGCUGUCCUCAGAGGAGGCCAAGGACCACCUGUGUGGGGAGAAGCAGGGCUGGAAUAGUUUCUUAUUUAAAGUAUAACAAGUAUCCAUUCUGAGGAUGGGGACAGCCAAGAGUCAGCAGGCUCCCGGGAAGAGCGACAUAUUUAAAAAGGAAAAUGAAGACCAUAGAGAAAAACAUUUUUUGAGCAAAUGGGAGUAUUUUGAAGGUAAUUUAUUAUUAUUUUUCCUUUCCAACUCUGUGUCACCUAUUAUCUUUUCUGAUGGAGGUCAUUUUCUUUUUCCCAAGGGAAGCUUUCUUGUGUGCUGUGUGUGCUUCGUGUCCCCAACAUAGAGCGGCCUGGCCAGGCAGGACUCGGGCUCAAAGGGGCUGUCGCUCUGGCCCUGGAGGUCCAGCUGCUGGCGGGAAGCCUCAGGAGGCCAGGGUGAGAGGCAGGAGGAGGCAGCGGGCAGGCCCUUCCACUCCUGCCAGGCCCCUCGCCAGUGACUCGCUCUGCACCGCCCACCAAAGGCCAGGGCCACUGACGCUGCCCAGCCAGCAGCUCUUUCACUUGUCCACUCUCAUCCCGUCCCGACGCCGGCUCCUGCGCCCCUGGAACCGAAGGCUGCAGACCCAGGGCAGGGAAAUAGCGCAUUCAGGAAUGGCUGGGGCACCCAGACUCCCACCUACUUGCCUCCUGAGGCCUAAGUAGCGAGGGGCAGGCAGGGCUGUCCCCAAAGGCACAGAAGGAGGUAAAGCCACCCACUUCAGCCCAGAAACCAAGUGAUGGUGAAACAGCUGGGAGCAGAGGGGACCAAUUUGAAAUGCAGCUACCCCCACGGCUGUAUCCUUAGUGAUGGACCUAGCUAGGCUUCAGGGUGGCUGUGAUUAGGACUGAGGGGAGGACAAGGUGGCCUUAGGAUCAGGCAGCCAGGUGCCCCUUCCUUCUGUUCUGGAGCUCACACUAAGCAACAAACCAGAGCGCUGGGGCUCACAGGAGCCUCCCCAAGUGUGGCUCUCCAGACCCCAAGCCCCCCACCCCCGAGCCUCCCAGGUGCCCGCCAUGAUGACCCUCAGGUGGCAGUGACCCCGUCACUGUAGAAGACAUUUUCUCCUGCUGAGCAGAAGCAUCAUCCCCUGCAAACUACCUCUUCCCACAACGUCUUUCUCCCCUGGUACCAAAAAGAACCCUGUACCUCCUCCUCCUCUCUCCUGCCAGCGCCCUGGCCCUGGCCCUGGAAACCGAAGGGGGAAGGUCUGGCCCCGGGGUGGGGCUCUCCUCUCCCCCCCAGCCCCGCCCUCAGCACCGGCCCUCUGCGAGGUUCGAUACUUGAAUGCCCCUGCCCUGUGCCUUGGACCUGGGCAAAGCUAAGAGAAGGGGACAGCACAACUCACGAUUUGAGCUGGGGGGUGGUCUUGGCAAGGCUCCUGUCCUCACCCCUCACCCCAACCUUUUCAAAAGAGGUGUGUGGCCUCUUGGGUGACUUGGAAACUCCUGGAUGAACUCCACUCUAACUUAUUUUGACGUGUAUACAAACCAACUGUUUAGAAAUCCCACUUGUGCAAAGCCCUACUGUGUUUUUAUGUUCCUGUUUAAAAGAGAAGUUUACUUAGCAAUAAUUAUAAAUAAAUGAAUAUUCUUUAGUGA